ACGCUGCGCACUGUCCACAGCUACAGCCAUGGUUAGGCCGAGCUAAAGCAAAAACUCAAGGAAUCUUGCAGCUAGUACGAACCCCAUUAGUCAGUCCUCUUCCCUGCUCUUCUCUUCACUCUGACCACACCAAGCACAAACCGAGAGAUGGGUUCGAGAGAGGAAUAGAGAGAUCAAUGGCGGUGGUGAGUUCUUCGCUGGGCGUGUUGGGUCCCUUGGUGGGGAAGCUCACUGGUUUGCUUGCCAAUGAGUGUGCCCGCCUGAAAGGCGUCCGUCGCGAGAUCCGCUCGCUCAGAUCCGAGCUGACCUGCAUGCAUGGCGCGGUCCAGAAAUACACGACACUGCAAGAUCCCGAUGUCCAGGUGAAGGCAUGGAUAUCGUUGCUGAGGGAGCUGGCCUAUGACAUUGAGGAUGUCAUUGACAAGUUCAUCCACCAGCUCGGUAAUGAGGGCCACCAGCACCAGGGUGGCUUCAAGGAGUUCUUUCGCAAGACUGCUCGCCGGCUCAAGACCAUGGGCUCCCGCCGUGGAAUCGCCAGCCAAAUCGAAGAUCUGAAGAUUCGUCUCAAGGAGGUAAAAGAGUUAAAAAGUAGUUACAAGUUGGAUGAUAUUCCCUUCGAACAUUCAACUGUGGAUCCUCGCUUGUCUGCUCUUUUUGUUGAGGAAGCACACCUCGUGGGCAUUGAUGGUCCAAGAGAUGAUCUUGCCAAUUGGAUGUUGGAAGAUAAAAAUGGCUCGAUCAAGGAUUGCAAGGUGUUGUCCAUUGUUGGCUUCGGUGGAUUGGGAAAAACAACACUUGCAAGGGAGGUCUACCGUAAGAUCCGAGGGCAUUUUGAUUGUCAGGCUUUUGUCUCGGUCUCACAAAAGCCUAAUGUAAAGAAAAUUAUGAAGGAUUUGAUCUCCCAGAUGCCUUGCAAGAAAGAAUUUAUAGAAGGCAUCGACACUUGGGAUGAAAACAAAUGUAUUGAGAACCUGAAAGAACUCUUACAAGAUAAGAGGUAUCUCAUCAUUAUUGAUGAUAUAUGGUCCAUAUCAGCAUGGGACGCUAUUAAAUAUGCUUUCCCGGAGAAUGAUUUUUCUAGCAGAAUUAUUGCUACUACACGCAAUGUUGAUGUAGCAAGAUCAUGUUCUCAUGGUGGUAAUGGCCGCAUGUAUGAAAUGGAAGCCCUAAAUGAUCUCCACUCCAAACGAUUGUUCUUCAAAAGAAUAUUUGGUUCUGAGGACUGCUGCCCUGAUAUGCUAAAACAGGUUUCGAAUAAAAUACUGAAGAAAUGUGGAGGCCUCCCAUUGGCAAUUAUCAGUAUAGCAAGUUUAUUGGCAAACAGACCGGUGGUCAAAGAUGAGUGGGAGAGGGUCAGAAGGUCUAUUGGUUCUGCAUUGGAUAAAAACCGAAGCUUAGAUGGAAUGAAUAACAUAUUAUCCCUUAGUUACAAUGAUCUUUCACCCAAUCUCAAGACCUGCUUGUUAUAUUUAUGUAUAUAUCCUGAGGAUUAUGUGAUUGAGAGAAAUGUUUUAGUGAGGCGAUGGAUAGCAGAAGGCUUCAUCUCUGAAGAGCGCGGACAAGGCAAGCAAGAGGUUGCCGAGAACCACUUCUACGAGCUAAUAAACAAAAGUAUGGUCCAACCGGUUGAAAUUGGCUAUGAUGGAAAGGCUCGUGCUUGUCAAGUCCAUGACAUGAUGCUCGAGCUCAUUAUUUCAAAAUCGGUUGAAGAUAAUUUCAUCUCUUUGGCAGGCCAUGGUCAAACUGAUUUGGCAAAGCGUGAUGGUCUUAUUCGGCGACUAUCAGUCCAGCAUAUUGACCAAGAGCUUGCAUCCAUAUUGGCAAAUGAAGAUCUAAGCCAUGUACGAUCUCUGACAGUGAUAGCAUCAACUUGCAUCAAACACUUGCCUAGGCUUGUCAGGUUUGAAGCUUUGCGUGUACUAGACUUUCAAGAUUGUAAGAGUCUGCAUGAGUAUGAUAUGAAUGGUAUAGAUAAGCUAUUCCAGCUGAAGUACCUGAGCUUUAGGGGCACUCGCAUGUCAAAGCUACCAUCAAAAAUUGUGAGGCUAUAUGAUCUAGAGACGCUAGAUCUUAGAAAUACACAUAUAAAAGAAUUGCCCGCUAGAAUUAUUUUGCUCGGUAAGCUACAACAUCUACUCACUGAAACAGAUUCAUAUUACAUUGUUCGUGAAGGUGGAACAAAGAUACCAAAUGGGAUUGGAAAUAUGAGAAAUUUAGAGGUGAUCUCAGGCUUUAAUAUUAUCAAGAGUUCAUUAUGUGCAGUUGAGGAACUAGGGAAUCUGACCAGUUUGAAAGAACUCCAUCUACAGUUGGACGGUGGAGGAUCUCAGGAAUACAAGAGGCAUGAAGAUAUAUUACUCUCCUCACUAUGCAAGCUUUGCACAUGCAAACUUCAGUCUUUAUGGAUACACACUCCUGAUUCAACACCCAUCCACUUCUUAGAUUCCUGGUCCCCUCUGCCACAUAACCUCCAAAUAUUUAUAAUGGGCGGUGACUACUAUUUACCAAAACUGCCAAAGUGGAUUGUUCCAGCCCUUGCCAGUCUUACAUACCUAGAUAUUAAUUUGAUUGAAGCAAUAGAGGAGGAUCUGCGGAUACUUGGAGAGAUGCCUGCCUUACUCUGCCUGAGUCUAGCAUUCAGCACUGUCCAAAAAGAAAGGCUUGCCUUACAAGGCGUUGGCUUCCCGUGUUUGAAGGAAUUCUGCCUUAUUCGUGCAACCCAUUGUACAAGUGCAAUUUACUUGACGUUUGAAGAAGGGGCAAUGCCAAAGCUGGAGAAGCUUGCGCUGCCGCUGUUUGCUUCAGUGGCAGAAGAGUAUGGGUUCUACUUGGGUCUUGGCCACCUCCCAUUUCUCAGAGAUGCCAAAGUUACUCUUUGCAGUUAUGCUGACACAUCUUUCGAAAUCAAGUCCGCUGCAGCUGCUGCUAUAAGGAAGGAGGCAAAUAGCCAUCCCAAUCAUCCCAGGUUAUCUAUCAGGGACCGAACGGCUGGUUGGCAGUAUUAUAACUCUGACGAGGAAGAGAACUAAACCGACGAGGAAGAGAGCUAGAUGACAGGGAACUGUUAUAUCAUGACAUUCGACUACCAAUGCAAGAGGGGAUCUUCUAUUGAAUGCAAUCGCGUGAUUGGAAUGCUGUGGUGAUGCACGUUCUCCUUUCGACUUUCAGGCGGGAACACAUACGCGUGUGUUAGCUAAAAAAUAAAGGUGUCACAGAAGAAGUGGUAUUCGUUGCUUUCCUGCAUGGUACUAUUUGGUUUUCAGUGAAUCUUGUAUCCAGUUUUUUUUUUUGCGUUGAUUACUAUUUUUUAUUAAGGAUCGAUUAAGUUCUCGCUGUUGUGUGUGUACUCAAGUACUUCGGUUAAGUGGAGACAGCCGGGUUGAGAGAUAUGUGCCGUCAGGUUUCAGAGUUGUUGUACAGUAUUAUUGUUUUGCAAUCCUAUGUAACUUUCUACUGUAGCGUUGAACUGCUGCACC